AUGGGCGUCAUCCGCUUCCCUCGCCCCACGGGCAUCUAUGUCCCCGGCUCGCCCACCCGCACUCUCACCACCGACAUGAUCUCUCCCCCACUCUCCCCCGACUUCAACUUCGACGCCGAGAUCCUCGUCCCCUCCAUCCUGCCCGCCCUCGAGUACAUCUCCACCAAGCUGCAGCAAAAAAUGAUGCACGUCACCCUGCUCGUCGGCCGCGGCAAGCCCUUCCCAACGGGCCAUUCCUCCGACCUGAUGAUCAUCCCGACCACCCACCUCGAUACCUCCUCCCGACGCGUCCUCGAACGCGCUCUGGCAAAAGCCUCAAAGAAAUUCUCCCUCGGCCAAAGCUGGACCGACGCACUCAACCGCAGCCAAUACGAGCGCCAGGCAAACGAAUACCUGGUCGAGCAAUCCAUCCUCCAAAACGAAGUCGUCUUCAGCCAAGAAGGCCUGACCCUGCUGAACAUGCACCGCAUCUACACCUUCAAGCGCCGCCUCUGUAUUCUGUCCGAAAAACCCUUCUCCCGCACCGACGAGCAGUACAUGGUUUCAUGCGUGCGCCUGCUCCGCCGGCUUGUCGCCGAUUACCAAGGCCGCCCGUUCAGCAAGGCUUUUUUCCACCGCGUCUACGAGCAGCUUGAUGUGCGCGACGACCUUCUCACGGCCGUCGCCGUGGCAUACAAAAAUACCCACAAGGAAGAAGCCAUUAUCCUGCCGCCCCGCAUGGCCGAGCACUCGCGGAAAGCCCCGGCGCGUCCCGUGCGGGCGCCUCGCCAGCCGCCGCCGGCCAAGUCGGCGUCUCGUACUGUCACGAAGCGACAUGGUAUCCCGGCGAAGCGGGGGCCGAAGACGCCUCUGUCGGCGUCCGAUGUUACCCCCAUCACCCGCAAUGAGUGGAAUAUCCUUGUCAGUCAGGAUAUCCGGGAGGUGCAGCCUUCCGUGACCAAGUGGACUCCGUCGCCGGCGGUAUUUGCCGUGGCAUGA